UUCAAGUGAUAACAUUUCAGAACAAUAAAGCAAUGUAUACUAAAACUGGAUUUACCAAAAAAUCAAUGAUGCAACAACAGUUUACACGAGAACUAAAUGCUCGUCUGAAACAGCUGUCAUUGAAAAGUGAAUGUUCUGAAUCAAAUGAACGUUCAGAAAGAUCUUCACUGUCCUCAUCAUCACCAUCAUCAUCCGUGUCGUCUAUUUCAUUGCCAAGAACCAGUUUUUCAAUGCAUAAAAAUAGUUCUUUAAAAGAUAAAAAUUUUACCAAAAAACUUUCCAAUGAUUUACAAAAAUCAAAUGGAACAAAUUUAUCACAUAAAAACAUAAAUCUUUGUCAAAAAAUUCCUAUUGAGCCGAAAAGUUUACGACAGCCAAAUGAUAAGAAAUUAUAUCAUGAGAAAAAACAAUUUUCAAAGAAUGAAAUUAAUUCUUUCGACUCAAAACAACAAAUCUAUUCUAAAGAUAAUUAUAUUGAAAUAAAUCAAGCGAAUAAAAGCAAUGCCAAAAGUACCUUUUCACCGAAGACUAGACCUAAAUCUUCUGAAUCGUGGAACCAAAAUGUAAAAGGAAGAAAGAAACUCAAUUCAGCUGAUGAAUAUAUUUCACGAAAGACACAUAGAUAUGAUAUAUCCUCCGUAAGGCAAGAUAUAGAUGUUGAUGAGAUGUCUGAAAAAACUGACUACGAUCUAGAAUUGGAAUGUUUAGAAGAUGAUACAGUAAUUAUAGAUGAUAACAAAUCAACAAUCGAUAUAUCAGAUUCAGAUUUUUCUUGUACAAGACAACUGAGUAAUCUACCAGAAGAAAUUCUACCACCAGUUAUUGCAUCUCUACUACCCAAUACACCAUCAGUGUUACGUUUUGUUGAUAGUAAACAGACUGUACCAAAACUACCAAAACCUUACAAAUAUCAACUUCUUUGGCGUCCCAGUGCUAUUACACCAAAUGUUGUUAAACGUGUAUUGAGAAGAUCUAAUUUUCGGAUUACUCUAAAGUCCAAUGAAUGGAUUGGUUAUUAUGGAAAUAAUUUAAAACCAUUUGGUUUUCGUCCUGUAAGAGAAUAUCAAAAAGUUAAUCAUUUCCCUGGUUCAUUUCAAUUAGGUCGUAAAGAUAAAUUAUGGUUGAAUUUAAAUCAUUUACGUAUGCGUUUUGGCAAAAAAUCAAUUGAUUUUGUACCGCGGACAUUUUGUUUACCGAGUGAUUUAAAAUCAUUGAAAGAAUAUUGGACACAACAAGAAAAUGAACAUAAAAAUUCUUUAAAUAAUGAUGCAUUAUCUUAUUUUCGACCUAAAUGGAUUAUGAAACCGCCAGCAUCAGCUCGUGGAAUCGGGAUUAAAUUAGUUCGUGGUUGGUCUGAUAUUCCUCAACAACGUCGAGUCAUUGUUCAAUCAUAUAUUAAUCAACCAUAUUUAAUUGAUGGAAAGAAGUUUGACAUCAGACUGUAUGUACUUGUGUCAGGAUUUAGUCCACUUCGAGCGUAUGUAUACAGAGAAGGUUUAGUGAGAUUCGCUUCACAAAAAUAUUCUACUGCUCUUCAACACCUGAGAAAUCGUUUUGUGCAUUUAACAAAUUAUUCUAUUAAUAAAUAUAAUAAAACAGAUGAAACAUUCGUAUCAAAUCAUAAAUGGAAAUUGAGUACAUUAUGGUCAUAUCUAACAGAACGUGGAGUUGAUGUAUUGAAUCUUUGGUCACGUAUUGUUGAUAUCAUUUUUAAAACAUUAUCCUCCGUUGUCAAUUGUAUUGCAACAAUGGUUGAUCAAAAUUGUCGACGACGUGCAUCAGUUUAUGAAUUAUUUGGUUUUGAUAUUAUAUUGGAUGCAGAUCUUAAACCAUGGCUUUUAGAAGUGAAUGUAUCACCUAGUUUACAUACAAAUACAAAACUCGAUGAUGAAGUAAAAACUGCCGUUGUUAAAGAUAUGUUCAAUAUAUGUGGAUUUCAAUUGCCGCCGAACUAUCGUUUAUCACUAUCUCUUACAACAAUUCCAUCGAAGUCACAAAAUACCAUUCACCAUCAACUCAAUAAGAAUAGAAAUUCAAGUGUGACGGGAAGAAUUACAAGCGGAUCAAUGAAACAACCACAGAACGGCAAUCACUUUUCUAUGUCAUGCAGAAACAACAAUGACAAUCUCAGCUACAAUCGAAAAUUAUCUAAUAAUAAAGAUGUAUGCAUUCCAUCCAGUGCAUUUAUUCGUCAAUCAUCUGCUCCAUUGAAAACAUUUAUGUAUAAAGGAAUCUCGCCUGUUCAUGGAUUGCCUCCGUCAAGUCCAUCUCUUAACAGUACACAUGCAAAAAAGUUCACAGUCUCCACUAAAACAAUAUUUGGUAAAAAAAUUGAUGAAAAAGGAAAUGCUAGUAAAAUUAUUGUAAAUAAUAGUAAUAAUAUUAAUAAUAAUAAUUCAUUAUUAAGUAAUCAUAAUGAUCGAUUCUCUUUUGACCCAUAUGUACCGAUGACAGAUCCACGUUUAUGGGAUAUUAGUUUGUCAGCAGAGGAUAAAAGAAAGCAUCUAUUUUAUUCAAGUUUAUUGAUCGAUAAAAAUAAAGAUAAAUCAUCGCAAAUUUUUAAUAGAUUGAGCAAACAUAAUAUGAAGAAUCCAACUACAGGUACUAGAACUACUACUACUACUAGUAGUAGAGCUAGCAUUGCAGAAAAAUGUUCCAAGGAUCCUAUGGACGCAUUGCAUCAUAUUUUAUUGGAACUUUCACCGGAUGAUUUGCGUACAUUAGUCAAUUUAAUAGAUGAACGUUAUCGUGCUGCACUUGGCAAUUUUCAAUGUAUUUUUCCAAUUCAUGGAUCUAAAGGCUAUCGAAUGUUGAAAUUUCUACAAGGAGCUUAUCAAGACCAUAUGCUUCGUGGUGGUACAUUAGGCUCAAGAUCACCUUCUUUCUACUAUUAUGAUCUACUUCAUUAUGUAUUUUUGACAGUUUAUCAUAAUACAGAAGGUAAUGAUAACUUCUCGUGUGAUUCAUUUGUCCACUGUAGUUAUGAUAAAAUUUUACCAGAUCAAGUAGCGCUUAUUUCAAAUGAAUUAAAUGAUGAAUCUUUAUCCAUAGCAAGUGAAAUGACAGGAGUUUCAAUGUUUGGUUUAAAGUGCCUAAUCAAUUUAUGUAAAGAAGCGGCACAUUUGAGUAAUUUAGAUAAUCCUAUGAAAUCUAGUCAGUCUUCCAAAACACAAGGUGACACAAAAUCAAAAACAUCAAAUUUUGGUUCAAAUAAAAUUGAUCUCCGUGAAUAUAACGAAACUGACGAUUCAAUUUCACUAGUAUAUCAAAAUAGUAGUUGUUCUACUGAAAAUCAGUACAAAUAUCUAAAUAAUGUCAGUACUAUUUACAGUGCAGAGAAAUGCUCAAACCAAACACAAACAAUAACUCAAUGUACUCGUGAAAAUAAUACUGAGAAUUUGAGGCUACAUCACGAACAUGAUUCACACAAUAAAUCUUCAUCAUGGAAAACUAAAAGAGUUCAAUCCUCGCUAAAAAAUAUAAAAUCUAUUCAAACAAAUAUAAAAUCAAAUAAUCGGAAUUGUUUUGGAUCAAUGUUAUCAAUUAAAAAUACUAGUACUAAUUUCGAUAACUGCACCAAGAACGCUGUUACGAAUACUAAAGCUGUAAAUGCAGCAAAUAAUACAUUGAAAGGAUCAACGUCAAUUUCUGACAUAUCAUCGGACAAAAAGCAAACAAACCUUUCAUCAUUACAAGUUCAAACAUCUAACUGGGAUGAAAAUAUUUUCACAUCAUCUGACGAUCUUAUGUGUACUUUGAAUAAUUCUCGAAAUUUGUCAUGUGAACCUCAAACAACAAAAAACAUGGAUUCUGUAAAAUAUUCAACAACAUCAUCUUCACUAUCCUCAUCAUCAAUAACAACAGUAGCAUCUACGAAUUCACCAAAAUGCUACUAUGGUUAUCAUGUUCUGCAACGUAUGAAUUCAAAAAGAAUUUGCGAGUCACCUGAUGAAAUGUAUGACUUUUCACAGUAUCUUACUAAAAAUGAUAAGCAUACUAAUGAACGAACCAAAAAGUCAGAAAUAUGUCUCACUGAUGAACAAUUAUAUACUACUACAAGCAGUAGUAAUGGCACAAUAAAUGACUUGAAAAAUAAAAGGCAUAAGCGACAACUAUCAUCUGAACAUCAAGGUAAUAUGUAUACUGAUGGUAUGUUGAAUAAUCAUCGGCGUUAUCAUCGUAUCAAGUCGACUACAUCUAUGCGUUCAAUAAUAAAACCUUAUUCACAAGACAGAAAAUUGUGUUCCAAUAAUAAAUCUAAUCAUGGCACAGGAUCUUAUGAAGAGGUCUCUUUACAGUCUCACUCCAGUGGUUAUUCAUCAUUUAUACGAGACAAAUUAAAUUCUUCCUACGGACUACUUCCAUUAGAAAUACAAAAAGCACAAAAAUCUAGUUGACAUGAUCAAGGUCAAUCAAUAUACAUGUGAAAUGAGCAUUUUAACUCACUGUGAUAACUAACAAUCACUAUUAUGACUACGAUAUAUAUAUAUAUAUAUAAAACAUCAUUGAUCAAAAAUAAUCUAAACUGCUUCAAAAUGCAUUUCAUCCAAACCUUCAAUUUGAUUAUACUUUCUUAUAUAUAAUUCAGAG